UUGCCCUCGGCCCCGCGACAAUUUGAAAAACCCUAGCAAAACUCUCUGCCCUUCUGCCUCGCCUCCGGCGUGAUCAAGGGUUAGGGUUCCGGCGAGCUCCAUCCAUGAGGUUGAAGAAGCAGAAGAGGCACCGCAAGGCGGUGAGGUUCUACUCAGCGUGCUUCGGAUUCCGUGAACCCUACAAGGUCCUCUGCGACGGCACCUUCGUUCACCACCUCCUCCUCCAUGGCCUCGUCCCUGCGGACAACGCUCUCCAGCGUCUCCUCGGUGCCCGCGUGCUGCUCUUUUCCUCUUGCUGCGUUGUUGCUGAGCUCCAAGCGCUUGGUGAAUCCCACUCUGAAGCUCUCAAUGCCGCUCGCCACCUCGUCUCCGCGAGAUGCGAUCAUGAGAAGAGGGUGAGCGCCACUGCGUGCAUAGAAUCGAUCAUCGGAGAGUCGAAUCCUGAGCACUUCUUUGUGGCCACUCAGGACGCUGAUCUUCGGAGAAUGUUUCAAAAGAUACCAGGUGUUCCUGUCAUCUACGGUCUAAAAAAUUCGUUAUUUAUUGAUCAGCCCUCUGCGCAUCAACGUGAAUUUGUUAAAUCUACUGAAGAGAGACGCAUGCAUAUGAGUGAACCAGAAUACUAUAAAUUACAUGAGAAGGAAUCAAAGGACGAACUGACCUCAGCUAAAUUAAAUGAUGAUUCUGCAAAUGAAGCUUCAGGUUCAGAACAUAUGAGGAAAUCAAUUGGAGGAGGACAUGCACUUGGUGUGGUUGACAAAACUAAAUUUAAAAGAAAGAAAGCAAAGGGCCCAAACCCGUUGUCGUGCUUGAAAAAGAAAAAGAAAGAAGCCUCCUCAAAUGCAAUUAAUCAGGAUGAAAAAGCGGAUUCUAAUUCCAAGAGAAUGAGGAUUCGAAAGCGCAAUAGAAUUCGCAAGGAAGGAAACCUUUCAGGAUCAGCAAGCUGAAGGCACAUGACAAUGUCACCAACAAGCCGGACAUCUUUGCCACUUAAAUAGAGGAAGCAACAACAAUGUUUUGGAAUGGCCUCGUAAAGGCAUUUUGAGCUCAAAUAUAUAAAGAUCAUAAGUUUUCUCUGAUACCCAGUCGAUGAUACCAGAACCUUUGUUACCUUACCACCCGCCUCUUCUUUGACAUUUGAAGCCCUGAACUGCUGCCCAAAAA